GGAUCGGGUAGUGACGCAAUCGACAGGCCAGUGGUCUACAGCACGCAUGCGCAGUGAAAACAAACCGCCCGGUGGGAGCGAGGCUGAACUGAUUGGAAAUGCUCACCACCAGGAUUAACGGGCUGCCGGCAGUAGCUCGGGGCUUAGGGCGAUUCUGCUGGAGGUCAGGUGUUGAUGGCGAGUUAGAGCCUGGAACCAAAACAUAACUUCGGAUGUCAUGGACAAUUCCUACUCCACUAAAUACCUUCUCCUGCUCUGGUCGGGCUGCAUCGCACUCGUGGUGGCUGUGGGCUGUGUGCUUGGACAUGCAGGUAUGCCAUCAGAGCGAGUUACCACCUGUGUGGAUGGUGUAGUGCAUCGCCUGAGCUGUGAGUUAAGUGGAGUGAUCAGCGUGCAGACAUCACGGUACGGGGCCGAGGACAGCGCGGCUUGCAAUGACGGAAGAAAAGCAGAGAUCUCCAACGCAACCUGCUCUGAUGUGGCAGUUGUUGAUAUCGUCAAGAAGAAAUGUAAUGGGAAAAGGGUGUGUGAGCUGAGCUCAAGUGAUCUUGGAGUGAGCGGUGGCUGUAGAGGGACAACAAAGUACCUGCAUACCACGUACACCUGCCUGUCAGCAUUUCACCACGUCACAUGUGAGCACUCUUUGGCACACCUGCAGUGUGGUGAGGAGCAGGUUAUUUUGGUCUACAGGGCUGAGUAUGGACGGCGAGAUCACACCACCUGCAUACACGGUCGCCCAGAUUCUCAAAUCCAAAACAUCAAUUGCUUAAAUCCCACCAGCAAAGUUGCAGAAAGGUGUGAUGGGAAAAACAGCUGCUUAAUCAAAGCAGGCAAUUCAGAGUUUGGAGACCCCUGUUAUGGAACUUACAAGUACCUGGAAGUGGCUUAUACCUGCAGCUAUUCUCAGGAUCAGUGUUCCUGGUGUGGACAUCAUCAUUAUUCUGGAUCUUCAGAAGCUAUGCUGCUCUUCAGACUCAGCUCAACGAUGUGGCUUGCAGCAGUUUGCCUGUUCAUGGCAUCAGCGGUUUCCACAGAAACAGUCACAACCUGUGGUGACGCCAGCAUUGCCCAUCGCCUGGAAUGUGAGGAUGGAGUGAUCAGCGUGCAGUCAGCCCUGUAUGGACGUGCAAACAAAGUCAUCUGCAGUGAAGGCAGACCUCCACAGCAAACCAGUAACACAGGAUGCUCUCAAAGUGGAACUAGGAAUUUUGUCAAAACCAGGUGCAACGGAAAGAAAAUGUGUGAGAUCAGCACGAAUGAUGUUAACUCUCCUGAUCCCUGCACAGGAACUUACAAAUAUCUGCAGACCAACUUCACCUGUUUGCCUGCCAUUCACCUCAUUGUUUGCGAGAACUCUUAUGCACAUCUGUACUGCGAUCGAGGGCAGGUCAUAUCUGUCUUUGGUGCUGACUAUGGACGUCAGGAUAAGGCCGUCUGCUAUGCCAGCCGGCCCCCCUCUCAGGUUGAAAACGUCUACUGCUCCAACCCCACCCAGAUAGUGGCUCAAAGUUGUGAUGGGAAAAACAGCUGCAGCAUCAGAGUAAGCAACUCUGUGUUUGGAGAUCCCUGUGUGGGCACAUACAAGUACCUCCAGUUGUCUUAUGUUUGUGAAUAUCCCACCUUUGGAUGAUGCUGGUCCUCCUAUU